CGAUAGUGGAGCCCAAAACAGAGUGUUUUGCGGGUGCAGUUAGAAGAUUCUCCGCUCAGCUGCACAUCAGAUGAUCAGAUCACAAGCUCUUGCGUCGUCGCCAUUCCAUUCCCAUCGCUGCAUUUAAACCUCUCACGUCCAUGUCAUCAACACCUUUAACACAGUUGUGUGAAAUUACUAUAUAUUUUUAUUUUUAUAUAAAGAGAAAAAGAAAAAGUUGACCGAUACCACAUUAUCACCGCCUCGCCUCCUUCCUUCACGUCGUCCACCGCCGCCGCAGCCGGAGCUUCUGCCAUACUGAGCCUCAUUGACGGUGAUGUUACGGCCGUUCAUCCUCUCGAUCGCAUCUCUCGUGGAUUGCUAGCUAAUCUUCCAAACUCACGAAUCCGAAACCUCUAGGUCUCCCAGUCUCGCCAUAGAUGAGCCGGAGAAGGUGGAAGCGUAUAUCAUGUCAUAAAUUUCAAUCACACAUCGAAGUGGUAAACUGGUAGUUGUUUUAAUGCACUCUCUGUUUCCUGGGGUGGAGUAGUUGAACUUGAGAUUAUCAUAAAGCCCCCUCUUCCAUAAUCCUGAUUGUCAUCCCAUCUUGUUGAUUGAAGCUGCAGUAAAUUUUCAACUGCAGCAACUGAAGAUCAAGUAGCUUGAGAAAGGCAACCAUGGACCAUGGGAAUAAUGAAUCAGAGUUUAGAAGAAGUGGAUCUUUUGCACGGACUAGCAGUUCCUGUUCUAUGCAGAGGAGUUCUCGUAACUUAUCAUUUUCUUUUUCACUACAGCUGGAAAAUGACGAUGGAAGCGAAUCAGUAUCUGAAGCAGGAGAUAUUGGGGAUAGGGCACUUUGCAGCAAUAGGUACAGUGGUAGACUAGCUUUAUCUGCUGAAAGUGCUGCAGAAAGUGGAAUGGUUGUGCCCAUUGCAGAGGAAGGUUUCUGCUUUUAUGAUCCAGUUGCUACAAAUAAUGUUUCUCCUGUAUCACCAUCUAUUCUGGAUAUCAUAUCACCUGAUUUUGAAGAGGAGGUGCCAUGGUGGUUGGAAUAUUUUUCAAGCCUAUUGUUUCUCGCUGUUUUUGGAAUCUUAGGGGUUUUACUAAGGUAUGGUCUUCAAAAAUUGUUUGGACCAGGACAUGUUGGUGCCACAAGUGAUCAAAGCUAUAUGUAUCUUGACCUUCCUUCUAAUGUGGUUGGUUCAUUUUUAAUGGGUUGGUUUGGGGUGGUUUUCAAAGGAGAAAUUUCCAAAAUUUCAGAUCAGUUGGCCAUGGGAUUGACAACUGGUUUUCUGGGAAGCCUUACUACUUUUAGUGGUUGGAACCAGAAGAUGCUUGAACUCAGCGUUGAAGGUCAAUGGGUUUUUGCAGUACUUGGCAUUAUUUUUGGCUUGUUUCUUGUAAGCCACUCCAUUAUUUUUGGUAUUGAGACUGCAAAGGGCGUUCGAUGGAUUGUUAGAAAAACAGCUACGAGUAAAAAUUCCAGCUCUGAAAGCUCUUGGAAGAUGAACAGUUUCAAAUGCCAUUUGGUAGUUUCAGCAGCAUUGCUACUUAUUCUUGGUGCUCUAUGGAGUACAUGUAUAGCACUGGAGGCACAUGAAUUCAAAAGAGGCAACAGUGAAGCCCAGCUGUGGCUGGCUUGUCUCGUCGGACCAUUUGGUGUCUGGAUCAGAUGGUUCUUAGCACGGUUAAAUGGGCGUGGUUUAGGGAAAUCUGGCUCGUUGAAAUGGGUACCCUUUGGAACCAUCAUUGCCAAUGUCUCUGCAGCCUGUGUCAUGGCAGCACUAGCAACCUUGAAGAAAGCGGUGAAAACCAAGGAUUGCGAUACGGUUGUGGCGGGAAUUCAGUUCGGGCUGCUGGGCUGUCUUAGUACUGUGUCUACCUUUGUUGCUGAAUUUCAUGCCAUGAGAGAGAGCAAAUACCCAUGGAGGGCAUAUGCUUAUGUCUUAGCUACAAUACUUACAUCUUUCAUAUUUGGGACUCUUCUGUACUCUGUACCAGUGUGGACAAUGGGAUAUAAAUAGAUGAUGAUGGUUAAUUCUAGAAACACCAGCUUAAACGGAAAGUCAAACUUAGAACUUAUGGUUAUCAA